AAGGGCGAAGUGACCCUAAAAGUCCACAUAGCGCGGCCUCGCAAGUGUGCGCAGCCGCAAACCCAAGAGAAACACUGCGGAUUUAAAACACACAGUAACGUCAUCCAGCAGGUUAGGAAUGGGAAGCAGCCACAGAUCAGCUGGACUAUUUUUUCUAAAACAGAUGACAUGAAUUCACCGUUACAACCUUUCUUCAUGAGUAACAAAGCAUUUAUUACUGAGACACAGCUGUUAUAAAGGUGUUGGAGGAAGAAGAAAUGCUAUAUUUCAGAAAUUGACUGAAUUAAAUAAAGACAAAGUCAAAUAAAGUAAUAAAUUAAGCAACAUGUCAAAAUAAAAAUCCAACAAAGAUGUACUUUUAUUUACAAGCGGUCAACAAACACCAUGUAGGCCUACACUUGUUUACGUUGCUCAUUUUAGUUACACAUGUGAAUGGAGUGGAAUAAAAUAGAUAGCCUUUAUUUACCUUUUUUAACAAAAAGAAAAUGCACCAAGAACUACAUAGCACGAAUGUCACACAAAGCUUUCCUAUCAUUUUGCCCAAGGAAGCAAAAGUCAAUAUUUAGAGCUCAUUGCAGGGGGCCUAACAUACAAAUAAUUUGGGCAUGAAUGCAUAGAGAAGCAAACUGGAUCAGGCAGCGCCAGAUUUAGGAUUAUUUGAGUUCCAGGGCUAAAGUUGUUUUUGGUACCCUAUUCCCACACAAAGUUUGUUUCAUGCAUGCAAAUUGAAACCAAUUACCACAACAUGUAAGGAACUUCAUCGGUCAUAUGUUUAUUUCCUGUAUAUGUAGUUCCGCCCAUGGAAAACAAUCCAAAUCCAAUUUUUUUUCUGCCAAUGGUGAACGGCCUUUGGUGGAUCACGUCCACCGAUCCAUUUUCCUAACAGGUGUGACACCAUUAAAUGGGAAAUAAACAGGCUUUCAAACAUCAUUAUAAGGUUUGUUGCAUUGUUACAAAGAAAUAAUCUUCAAUAAUAACACCAAUUUGAUUGCUUUGCAAAUCAAAAGUAAUAAUUUUAGGCCUUUUGCAAAAAGGCAUUCUAAUUAAGCCAUGCCUAUAUGCGGCAGACAGUAAAAGGCACCAAAAAACAAACAUGGCGGCUUGUAGCAAACUAAAAGCUAGAACUGGUUACAUGCUUGGGGUUCAGAAUGAGGUUUAUGUCUCUGAUAACGUUUUUUUUUAAAAAGUGAAUUGGACAUCUUUACAAAAUUCCAACAAAUCCACAUACCUCACAGUGAACUUGCCUGAUCAGUUUUCUUUAGAAACGUAAGAAAUACAAUGUUUACAAAACAUCCAUGCCUUAAAGAAAAUUAUAAAUUGACUUUAAAACAUGUAGCAUACAAAUAAAGUGUCUAUUGAAUUGUCCAUUUUCAUUUCUCCCCCGGUUUUUGACAGUAAGGCGAAUUGUGCCCUUGCAAGACUUUAAUUAUGACUUUUAGUUAAUUGCGCAAAAUAUGAUUCAGUAUACAUUUGGGCUUACAUUUUGGGCCAUAAAAAUUAAAUUUGUUCCCGUGUAGUUUUGAAACGCAUUUAAAUAAAGGUAGGAACCAUCCCUGCUUACCAGAAUAUCUUUUUGCAAGUAUGAAAUACAGGACUACACCGGGGAUCUCAACGUCUAAAUUGUUUGCAUUACAGCAUUUAGCGAUGGCUUUCAAAGCGUGAUAAUGUUAUCUCACGUUCUGAAGAAUGAAGGUUGUUCAUGCAGUGCUCUUUCAGCAAUCUGAAAUCCCAGAAUCACAGCAUUCAAGCAUAGGCUUGCCCUUAACAUAGCUCUAAGAUUCCUGCAGAUUACUGGAAAGACUAAACCUAUGAGCAUAGAGACAAAGAUAAGCAAAAGCCCCCUGAGUGUAUUUUUUUAAAGGAUAGCUAAAAGAUUUUGUCGUGUAUUUCUGCAAAACCAGGAACCCACAUAGUCACAAUUGCAAUCAGUUGCUGGCAUCUCCUUUUUAAAGUCGGGUCAUUUCUCUCUAGACGACCCCUGUCAGAGGAGCUGCAGAGAGUCGAAGCUCAGGUUCUAGAUUUUGUGCCCAGGACAACUACUAGUGGUGCACUCUAGAAAAAUAUUGCUUAUAUGAAAGAGUGGCCAAAAGUCAUUGUUGAAAGAAAGAUAAAAGUCUCGUUUGUGGCACCAUCACGCGGUGAGAGUUCUUUAGUUCAACCAAAUCAUUGAAGAAGCUGCUCAGUGUUUUCCAGAAGAUGGAUUGAGCUAAAUACAGGGGCAAUCCUGAAAAAAAACUGUUAGUAGCUAUGAAAUCCUUCAGAUUGAGGCAUAGGUUGAAUACAGAUAGGAUCGAAGCGUAUUCUUGUGUUGAAAUAGCUCAGUAAAAGUCCAGACUUAAAUAAGCCUGAGUAUACCUAGUACUGGGAGGCCAAGCUUGUGCUUGGAACUCUGUUUUAACCGUUUUAAACAGAAGCUGAAUAGCCCGUCGACGCAAAGAGCAAACCCCAGAGGGCAUUUCAAAGGUUUGCCUGUGGAAGCCCGAAGUUAAUGUCAGACAUUCUGACGCACAGAUCGGUUCAUCGGUUUCCAUUAAGCUUCUCGGGUUUUCUGGGCAGAUCCUUGCUUGUGCUAGAUCAAGGAGGUAAAUGGUUGGCUCGGUGUUGCCUUGCCUCCUCUUUCAAGACGCUGGUCCUCUUCCCGUGGGGCGUACAGUGAUCCAUCGAUCUGCUUUGAGGCACCGCCAGACGACGUGAUCUCUACCAUUUACACUUAGGUGAUGAAGCUGGGCAACAUGGGCAAUAAAAAGGGGGGCUGUAAACACCGUCAGUCCCUGCUUGGUUGGGAUGGAGUGAGGAAUCAUCAUAGUCUACAUCACCAGAAUGCCAUCCGCUGAUCUCAUCCUGGUGACCACCAUCUCUCUGGCCUUCAUUAUUUCACUGGCUUCUGGUGCCACAUAUUGGCCCAAACCUCAAAACGCCAACAAGCCUCCUAAAACUGGGACCAGUGGCCUGGGCGGGGGAGGGCGGUAUGGACAGAUCCCUACGAAAACGCCCUCUCCUUCCAACAGCCUCUACACAGAAGACACUACAGGGAUUAUGACGGACGCAUACUCCCUGCCCCCAACAGACAGCAGCCCCUUCAACAGUGACACCUACGUGACCGACUACCACAUUGAUGCAAUCGCCCCCCCUGGAAAAACCCAUGGCAAUUACACUUUUGACUACAAUGAAUGCUUCUUCAACGUUUGUGAGUGCUGCCCUCCAGAAAAAGGUCCCAAAGGACCAGCUGGCGAGAGAGGGCCUCCAGGGCCACCAGGGGAACGGGGCCCUCCGGGGUUGCCAGGAGAAAAGGGAGAGACUGGACCCCAGGGGUCUCCUGGACGAGCCGGGCUACCUGGACUCAGUGGAUUAAACGGCGAGAAAGGUGUAAAAGGCGACCAAGGACCAGCGGGUCAACCGGGUUCAUCUGGAAUCCCAGGGAAAGCUGGAGAGAAAGGUGAUUUGGGCCCCAAAGGAGAGAAAGGUGAAAAAGGGAUCAAUGGACUGAAAGGAGACCCAGGAGUAAAAGGCGAGCCUGGCCACAACGGGACUAAGGGCACCAUUGGUCCCGUGGGUCCCCCGGGGACAGCUGGGACAAAGGGUCAGAAAGGUGAACAGGGACGUUUGGGAGAAUGUUUAGUUGGGGAGACAGGACAGAAAGGUGAUCUCGGUGAUCCUGGCCCCCCUGGUCCGAAGGGUGAGAUGGGCCCUCCGGGAGCAAACGGGACCGAUGGUUCCAAAGGAGAAGCGGGGCCACCGGGAGAGAAGGGGGACCCUGGCACAAGAGGUCCCCCGGGUGCAAGAGGAGUGGCGGGAGUGAGGGGGGAAAGGGGAGCUAAAGGCAUACGUGGUCCUCGGGGGCCAAAAGGAGAUCCAGGUGAGAGUUUGCAGCCGGUUCGCUCUGCUUUUAGCGUGGGCUUGUUCCCAAGCCGGUCAUUUCCUCCACCUGGGCUGCCUGUGAAGUUUGAUAAGGUCUUUUACAAUGGGGACGGGCACUGGGACACAGCGCUCCACAAGUUCAACGUCACGCACUCAGGAGUCUACUUACUCACAUAUCACAUCACUGUGCGCAACCGGCCCCUGCGGGUUGCCCUGGUGGUCAACGGGGUGCGUAAAGUGAGGACCCGGGACUCCCUUUACGGCCAGGACAUCGAUCAGGCUUCCAACCUGGUGCUGAUGCAGCUCAGCGAGGGCGACCAGGUGUGGCUGGAGACCCUGAGAGACUGGAAUGGGGUUUACUCCAGCAGCGAGGAUGACAGCACCUUCUCCGGCUACCUGAUUUACCCAGACUUACCUAUGAAAGCAAACUCUAUGAGAAACAUUUGAAUACAACUUCUAGUUUGUUUUUGUUUAUUUUGUUUUUUUAUUUUUUUGCUUGCUUCCUUUCCAACUACUGUGCUUGUAGAUGCUAAACCCUCACAUUAUUUCAUGUGUCUGUAAAAAUGUCGCUGCUUAGAAUUCCUCUUUUUUUUUUAGUUGUGCUGAUCGAACCAAGCACUUUGCAUGCUUUUUUUGCAUUAGGACAUUGAGAGAGCAAUGUUUUUAUCUUCUUGGUAGAAAUGCAUUAAAAUUACACUACUUGAAAAACAUCUUGCGUUUGGAUUUUCAUUUUUCUGAGAGAGUCAGCAUUAAAUUCCUAACAGAUUUAAAAUUUCAGUAGGAAAAUCUCAUAAUUUCUUGAGAGGAUUAAGAUGAAACAAAAAACCUGAUUACCACUAGAGGGCAUACUAUGCUCAAAUUUUGCAGAAGAAUUACUGGAGACGAAAAGGUUGCAUGGCGCUUGUAUUUUUUUUUUUUUUUUAAAGAGCAAAAUAGGUUGCAGGCAGAGGCUAGAAACACGUUAUGCCUAUCUUUGACAGCAGACUGCUGUCUAGCUACUCAAAACAAUGGAAAUUGAUGUAAAAAAAUUAGGUCACCGACUGUCUGCAAAUAGGAGGUCAAUACUCCAGUCGUAAUGCUAUUCAAAGAAAUCGAUGAGACACUGGACAUGUCAUUUGUGUUUCCUGGGUUCUCACAGACCUGCUCUCCCCACACUCUCACGCUAGUUCAGUCUAAUUACCUUCGCCUGAAUUAAUUGGAAAUAUACGUUUUAAUAAUAUACAGCUUG